AUGCAUGCGGAGAAUCAAUCAAAUUCUAUGGGAAUGAGAUUAUCACCACCUAAAACAAUAUGGGAGGGCAAGGGCAGCCACGAAAAUCGGUGCCACCGUCGCCGGAAAAUCGCGAUGAAGCAACAAGCUCGUAUUAAGAGAAGUCCCAAAAGUUUAAGCAAGAUUGGAAGCGCAAUUGACACACCACUGGUUACAGAUGAAUGUACUGCUAAUAAGCUUAGGGUUUCCUAUGCUAGAAUAUUGGUGGAGGUGGACAUUACACAUAAUCUGGCCAAGGAAGUCAUAGUAAAAGAUAGGGAAGGACAAAUUAUGAAACAACCUAUUGAGUAUGAAUGGAAAACUCUUUUCUGCGAAACCUGCCAUAAAGGGGGACAUAAAUGUGAGGCUAAGACUCAGAAGUUGUGGAGACCUAAAUUUAAAGUGACUGAAGAAGGAAAGCUUGAUACCAAGGCGGAGGAUACAUCUAAUGUGGCUGGAACAAGUAACUCUGAGGCAACAAAGAAAGAUGAUUGGCACAAAACUAGUAGGACAACAAGAAACAAAGGUAAAACCCCUCAAUUGAUUGGAUCACCAGGUACUAUUCAUUGUGAGAAUGUCUUUGAGACACUAGAUAUUUUGAAUUAUCCUCUAGUUCCCCAAGAUAGUGGUCAAUGUUAG